GGUGAGGAGAGAGACAGACGGGUGAGGAGUCAGACAGACAGGUGAGGAGAGAGACAGACGGGUGAGGACUCAGACAGACAGGUGAGGAGUCAGACAGACGGUUGAGGAGAGAGACAGACGGGUGAGGAGAGAGACAAACGGUAAAGGAGAGAGACAGACGGUUGAGGAGAGAGACAGACGGGUGAGGAGAGAGACAGACGGGUGAGGAGUCAGACAGACGGUUGAGGAGAGAGACAGACGGGUGAGGAGAGAGACAGACGGGUGAGGAGUCAGACAGACGGUUGAGGAGAGAGACAGACGGUUGAGGAGAGAGACAGACGGUUGAGGAGUCAGACAGACGGGUGAGGAGAGAGACAGACGGGUGAGGAGUCAGACAGACGGGUGAGGAGUCAGACAGACAGGUGAGGAGAGAGACAGACGGUUCAGGAGAGAGACAGACGGGUGAGGAGAGAGACAGACGGGUGAGGAGUCAGACAGACAGGUGAGGAGAGAGACAGACGGUUGAGGAGAGAGACAGACGGGUGAGGAGAGAGACAGACGGGUGAGGAGUCAGACAGACGGUUGAGGAGAGAGACAGACGGGUGAGGAGAGAGACAGACGGGUGAGGAGUCAAACAGACGGUUGAGGAGAGAGACAGACGGUUGAGGAGAGAGACAGACGGGUGAGGAGUCAGACAGACAGGUGAGGAGAGAGACAGACGGUUCAGGAGAGAGACAGACGGGUGAGGAGAGAGACAGACGGGUGAGGAGAGAGACAGACGGUUGAGGAGAGAGACAGACGGGUGAGGACUCAGACAGACAGGUGAGGAGUCAGACAGACGGGUGAGGAGAGAGACAGACGGUUGAGGAGAGAGACAGACAGGUGAGGAGAGAGACAGACGGGUGAGGAGAGAGACAGACGGGUGAGGAGAGAGACAGACGGGUGAGGAGUCAGACAGACGGGUGAGGAGAGAGACAGACGGUUGAGGAGAGAGACAGACGGGUGAGGAGUCAGACAGACAGGUGAGGAGAGAGACAGACGGUUGAGGAGAGAGACAGACGGGUGAGGACUCAGACAGACAGGUGAGGAGUCAGACAGACGGGUGAGGAGAGAGACAGACGGUAAAGGAGAGAGACAGACGGGUGAGGAGAAAGACAAACGGUAAGGGAGAGAGACAGACGGUUGAGGAGUCAGACAGACGGGUGAGGAGAGAGACAGACGGUUCAGGAGAGAGACAGACGGGUGAGGAGAGAGACAAACGGUUGAGGAGAGAGACAGACGGGUGAGGAGUCAGAGAGACGGUUCAGGAGAGAGAGAGACGGUUCAGGAGAGAGACAGACGGUUCAGGAGAGAGACAGACGGGUGAGGAGUCAGACAGACGGUUGAGGAGUCAGAGAGACGGUUCAGGAGAGAGAGAGACGGUUCAGGAGAGAGACAGACGGUUCAGGAGAGAGACAGACGGGUGAGGAGUCAGAGAGACGGUUCAGGAGAGAGACAGACAGUUGAGGAGUCAGAGUCCACUCACAAUCUGAUAAACAGUGUGAUGUCAUCAGGUGAUGUCAUCAGGUGAGCAGCAGUUUUACCUCAGACCUGUUUGCCCUGAGCCAGUCUCACUCCUCCCACCUGUCUCACCCUCCUGUGGACUGGCGGACAGAACGUCUACCUGCUGUCGUCACAGGCAGCGGACGUCAAGAUGACUGAUACCACUCAAAAUACUGAUACCAUUGAUACUACUACAACUGACACUACCAAUACUACUACUGCUGCUGCUGACACUUGUACUACUACAACCAAUACCACUACGGAUAUAACUACCACCGAUACUACCACAGUAGCUGCUUGUUGUACAUCAGCUACCACUACAACUUCUCCUGAUGAACCAGAUGAGGAGGAGACGGAGAGAGAGACGUCCACCGGGCAAGAGAAAGCAGGUGAUGAUGAGCAGCUGUGUGAUGUCCUCACAGCAGCUACAGAGGACGAGUCUCAGCAGAAGUCCUCGACUGCGACGAGAGACAAACCAGAUCCUCCCAGCACUCUGCUGUUGUCAGGCUUGUGUCCAAAGAAGAAGAGAGUGCUGGCGGCUCCGGCUCUCAGUCUGUCUCUAGGUCGCAGUGAGUCCACCGUCUCUGACGACUUCCCCUCGGGCUUCCUCUCCCCCUCCCCUGAAGACCACGAUGACACCGGGCUCGACCUCGAUCUAGACGGCAUGGAAACACCCUCCGACAGCGAAUCACUGCUCUUCCCCAUCUUCGACUUGGAUCUGGAAGACGACCUGCGGCGUCUUGGCGUGGCGUCCCACCGUCACCAGCCCAUCGGAUCCAGGCCUGUCAGGUCGGACCACAGUGAACUGGGAGCUCUGGAGAGGGAGGACGUGGUGGACAGUCAGGGCACAAGGUGGCGCUGUUUCUCCACAGGUGACCCUCCCCAGGAGAGCCGGGUCGACAUGAGCGUCCUGGAGCCGUUUCUCCGAGUCCUGUCUCACGGAGGUUACUAUGGAGACGGUAUGAAUGACAUCAUCGUCUUUUCCUCCUGUUACCUGCCACAGAACCGUCUGAAGAAUUACACGUAUGUGAUGGACAAUCUGUUCAGGUAUGUUGUGGGGACUCUGGAUCUGAUGGUUGCUGAAAACUAUGUGAUGGUUUAUCUUUGUGCUGGAGGACAAAGAGACAAACUCCCAGAGUUCAGUUGGCUCCGAGAGUGUUACACCACCGUCCACAGGAGGUUGAGGAAGAACCUGAAAGGUUUCCACGUGGUUCAUCCCACCUGGUACAUUAAAGCUCUCAUCACCAUCAUCAAACCCUUCAUCAGCUCUAAGUUCAGCAGGAAGUUGCAGUUCGUCAACAGUCUUCAGGAACUUUCGGAUUUCAUCCCGACUGAACACGUUCAGAUUCCAGACUGCGUUCGGCUGUACGAUCAGAAUCUGUCCAGGUGAAACUCAACAUGUUCUCUUCAUGUCCAGCAGGGGGCGCUCCAGUGCUCAGGGAGAUUCUCAGCAUGUCUUCUAAACAGUGUUAACGUAGAAUAAAUCAUCCUGGUCCCUGUUUUUACAAAGUCAAUAUUAAUUUCAUUCAACGAUAGAAAAUAAACUUAAUUUGACGUUAAUGUCAGAACAAACAUUUCGUUAUUAAAAAAAACUUUUGUGGAAAAACGAGAGUGAAGAGAAAACAUGAAUCAACUCGUACAAAAAGCGUCUUCCGUGUUUUUUAAGAUUUUCUUUGUGUUAUUUUUAUGUUGAGUCAGAAUCUGUGUUUGAUUUUUACUUGUGUUGUAGAUUUAGAAACUAAAGUGUUUUCUCCUGGUGUUGCACACAUAGUAUUUUCUGCAGAAAUUGAACCAUCAACGCUGCCAGGGUUAUUGCCUUGCUUCAAAAUGAUUGAACUGAAACAUGUUGGUGAUGAAUAAAAUCAUAACGGUU